ACCUCUGCUACUAACUUUGUCUCGGCGUCACCAACAUCUCACAGACGGUAGGCACACAGGAGCAGACUUCUUCCCCCGCUACUUCUCUUUAAUGAUGAUGAUCCCUUGGCUGGUUCUGUUCUCUUGGAUGGCUGGACUUGGGGCCAGUGCAGUGUUCACCCAGCAGCCCACAGACCUGGUGGUGGUGGCAGGUCAGCCGGUGACCCUGCCCUGCUCCAUCCCUGGUUACCACGGCAUGGUGCUCUGGCUCAGAGAUGGCAUGGCCCUUGGGGUCAACAGGGACCUCUCAGGCUACCCACGCUAUGACAUUGUGGGAGACCACAGCAAAGGAGAAUACCACCUCUUGAUUCAGAGAACCGAAAUGCAGGACGACGCAUUCUUUGAGUGCCAGGCCAUCCAGGCAGCUAUCAGAACACGCCCCGCCCGACUGACUGUGCUUGUUCCCCCUGAUGACCCUGUGAUUGUUGGGGCACCUGUGGUGAGCCUAAGGGCCGGCGACCCCCUCAACCUGACGUGCCACGCCGACAAUGCCAAGCCUGCCGCCUCCAUCAUCUGGAUUCGUAACGGGCAGGUCCUGAAUGGCGCCAUGUUCUCUAAGACACUGUUGCGGGAUGAGCGAAGGGAGAGUACAGUCAGCUCACUCUACCUCUCUGCCUCCAACAUCGAGACAGGCCAACAAAUCACCUGUCGGGCCUCAAACAAGGCCUUGCCCAAUGGGAAAGAUGCCAUUGUCACCAUCGAUAUCCAACACCUGCCCCUGGUCAACCUAUCUGUUGAGCCCCAGCCCAUACUGGAGGGCAAUCUGGUAAAGUUCCACUGCUCUGCCAAAGCUAACCCACCAGUCAUCCACUACAGAUGGGCCAAAGGGGGCAGCGUCAUCAGACAGGUGUCAGGUGACACCUAUGAGGUCAUCGUGGACCACACGUUCUUCACAGAGCCCGUCUCCUGUGAGGUCACCAAUGCGCUGGGCAGCACCAACAUCAGCAGGAACGUGGAUGUCUACUAUGGGCCCAGAAUGGCUGCUGAGCCACAGUCCCUACAGGUGGACCAGGGAUCAGAUGCUAUCUUCAACUGUGCCUGGACAGGAAACCCCUCCCUCACCAUUGUGUGGAUGAAACGUGGCUCUGGAGUGGUGCUUAGCAAUGACAAUAUCCUGACGCUCAAGGCGGUGAGGCAGGAUGAUGCUGGGAAGUACGUAUGCCGGGCGGUGGUCCCCCGAGUUGGAGCUGGAGAAAAGGAAGUGUCCCUCACUGUGAAUGGUCCUCCCACUAUCUCCAGCACCCAGACCCAGCAAGCCCUCUAUGGGGAGAAGGGGCAGAUCAAGUGUUUCAUCCGCAGCACUCCUCCUCCCGACCGCAUUUUUUUUCUGCCAAAGGCCUGGUCGUGGAAGGAGACAGUCUUGGAGUCAGGGACGUCUGGCCGAUACACCGUGGAGACGGUGAGCACCGAGGAGGGGGUGAUCUCCACCCUCACCAUGAGUAACAUCGUCCCUGCUGACUUCCAGACCAUCUACAACUGCACUGCCUGGAACAGCUUUGGGUCCGACACGGAGAUCAUUACACUGAAGGAACAAGAGUCCCUCCGAUUGGCUGUAAUUAUAGGAGUGGCUGUGGGGGCCUUCCUUGCCCUCAUUGUUCUCAUGGGCACAUUGGGUGCCUUCUGCUGUGCUCGCUUCCAGAGGAAAGAUGUUCACCUCGUCAUGUCCUCCCUACCCGUCUCCAUUGCCUCUUGCCAGAGAGACCUUGCAGGCAAAAUGAAAACCGAAAAUCUCAAAGGAGUGGUUUCGGCAAAAAACGACAUCCGGGUGGAGAUUGUUCACAAGGAUCACAACGCAGCUCGGGAAACAGAGGAGCAUACAGCCAUCAAGCAGAUAAUGAUUGAGCGUGGGGAGUUCCAGGCGCAGGAGUCUGUGCUGAAGCAGCUGGAGGUCCUACAAGAGGAAGAGAAGGAGUUCCAGCACAUUAAGGAUCCAACCAAUGGCUAUUACAGUGUCAACACCUUCAAGGAGCACCAUGGCACCCCGACUAUGUCAAUGGCCGCCAACCAGACCAGCGGCGCUGAGGUCAGGAACCCUUUGGCUUCUUCUUCAUCCACCAUGGGAAAGCAGCGUGUGCCUACGGGCAUGUCCUUCACAAACAUCUACAACACGCUAGGUGCUGGGCCCAACCGCCUGUACGACUACAGCCAGCGCUUUGUGCUUGGCAUGGGCAGCAGCUCUAUCGAGUUGUGCGAGCGCGAGUUCCAGCGAGGCUCACUUAGUGACUCCAACUCCUUCAUCGACACGCAGUGUGACAGCGUGAGCAGCUACAGCAAGCAGGACGGCUACGUGCAGUUUGACAAGGACAGCAAGGCCUCGGCAGCCUCCUCAUCUUCCCAAUACUCGCAGUCGUCCUCGCAGAACUCAGACCAGACUCGGCCGCUGCAGAAACGCAUGCAGACCCAUGUGUAAUGGCAGAAGGAACAAUGGAUGGGGGUGGGUUCGGACGGGUUGGGUCGAGGAUAGCACCUUUGGACACUUUAAGGAACACUGCCUGACUGGUAUACAGUGCUAUUUUUUGUUUGGUUUCUACUCUGGUCCACCCGAGGGAGAUGAUGCAGUAUUCCACCUUUGGCAGACGGUGGGCAAUUGUGGUGUCCAUAUUAGGACAGCCUGAAGUCCUGCUGAGACUGAGGCGGUCUUAAUAUGGACAUUGUACGUACAACUCUUUUUACAUGUUAUUUGUGGUACACUCUAUUCCCCUUGAAACAAGCUUUUCAAACAAAAAAGAUCAUAACCUUGAGAGCUACAAUUGGUGGAAAAAAGAUGACAAUCAGAAGUCCACUUCCUAAAUGAAAAAUGCACAGCUGUAGGUAUUAUUCACACAUCUGUGUGGAUAAGUUCCAGAAUUGUUUAAAAGUUUAUUUUCAUUAUGGAGGAAGACAAACUCUUGGGCCUAUGUUCAGCUGCCCGGUUGGGCUUUGAAGCACAAAGGGGUAUUGUUAAAAACCACCCGAGGCAUUUCGUGUACGUGCAAAAAAAUAUCCUUAGAUGGAUAAUGAAACAUGGUGUGAGCGGCAGGCAAUGUAAUAAAGACGAACACCUUGCCAAUUGGCUGACCUGCAGGUCUAAUAGCCCUACAGCUGGACAACUUUAAUUCUCAACGGAUUAUAGAUUUUGUCCCUUUUGGUUAUCUUGGUAAAAUCUAUAUUUUGCUCCUUUAUUUUGGAUUUAUGGUGAUAUUUUUGCCUUUUUGAUGUAUGCCUUGUGAAAGUUCAUUACUGAGUCACAGAUCAUAGAUAAAUGCAUGGAGAAGUGGAUGUGUCAUACUGUUGUACUACUUCACUUGAGCUGACUUUUCAAUUGCUUUGUUCACUCACAAACCAUCAGUUCCUGGAACCGUUUUUCUUCUUCUGAAAGGACAGUGUCAUAUUUACACAUCAGAGAAAAAGGGUCAAGGACCUUAUCAUCUGUACUUUUCCAUUCAAUGUGAGACACUUGCAGCCUGAUCUUAUAUGUGUGAGCAGAUAGCUGUGGAGCCAAAUACAAUGUCAUCUCUGCCGGAGCUGUUCUAAUAUUUGUGGCUUGCCAUACUUAGCUGAUAUCGUGUUGUUUACACUUGAGCUCUGUAAAUCCAGCAUUUUUGUGUACUGUGAUUUGCCCACUAAAUGACGGCGAUGAAGAUAAAGUUACUUUUUUCUGUC